GAGUUUAUUGGUAGCACCAAAUACAGACGAACAUAAGGAGGGACGAAUAUAAUAGAAGUAACAUCUUUGUUUCAUGGCACUCAUCGGGAGCACUACAACACGAUCGACGAUCGUGUGCCUGAUGGUUGUUGCUUUGGUGGUGUUUGCUACUAUAAGCUUUACCUUGCCAUGUUGCCAUGCUGGCACUGAAUCUACUAAAAAGGUGGUGUGUGAGACGCUGGAUGCAUGUAUCUCUGACGCUGGAUGCAAAGCUAUCUGCGAGGGUAGUGGCAUGGUUUUCUACUAUAACGCGUGUGCGGGUCGCGAUUUUCCAAUCUGUUGCUGCAUACCUAUGUAAGGGGGCGCUCUUCCGCCGUGUUGCUGCACAGAAAUAUAAAAUUUAUUCGCGGUUUUCUGCCCGAGCUAUGCAAUUCUGAAUAAUUAUA